UAUUUUUUUCCCCGUUUUCUUCUCUCUUGUAAUGCUUUCUUCUCGAACAAUCAAUGACUCUUAUGUAACUACUGUCAGCGAAAUAUAAAAAAAAAGCUAUAUUAGUUUUUAACACUGGGAAGUCUCUCGUGAAAGAAUAGGGAAUAAUAUUUUCUCAAACCUAACUUCUCACAAUAGCAAGAUGAAUACCGAAAAUAUAGGGAAGCUUUCUUCUAUCCGAGAUCGGGACACCAAUCAGGUAGACGAUGAAUCUGAGCUCAAAAAGAGAGGUUAUUUCUUGGGAUCGACACUGGGAGAAGGAUCCUAUGCUAAGGUUAAACUAGCCCACUCCGAAUUGAUGCAAAAACGAGUCGCCAUAAAAAUAAUCAAUAAACAGAAGGCCAAACGAGACUUCGUGGAAAAGUUUUUACCCCGAGAACUUAGCAUAAUAAAAAAGAUGCACCAUCCCAACAUCAUAGAAAUUUUUGACAUAAUUCAUGUCGGAUAUAAAAUUUACGUAAUUAUGGAGUUAGCGGGCCAUGGCGAUCUAUUACAAUAUAUAAAGCUCAAGGGGGCUUUAGAUGAAAGAAGAGCGAAAAGAAUGUUUUCAGAACUCACCAGUGGUGUUUCAUAUUUACAUCAUAAUAACAUAGUGCAUAGGGAUCUAAAAUGCGAGAAUUUACUCCUUGAUAUCAAUAAUUCGAUAAAAAUAUCCGAUUUUGGUUUCGCCAGGUUUUACGAUGGAUCAGAGCUCAGUAAAACUUAUUGCGGGAGCGCCGCCUAUGCGGCCCCGGAAAUUUUGCAGGGAAAUCCUUACGUGUGCCCUUUGUACGAUAUAUGGAGCAUGGGUGUCAUUCUUUAUAUCAUGGUAUGCGGCUCGAUGCCCUAUGACGAUUCCAACAUUAAAAAAAUGAUUAAAGAUCAAAUGGAAAAGAAGGUAGGAUUCUCCAGGUCGAAAAAAUUGUCUGCGGAAGUCAAAGAACUCAUAUACAAGUUACUCGAAUCCGAUAUCAGUAAAAGGGCGCGAAUUUCCGAUAUAAAAACUAGUAAAUGGCUCGGAAACAAAAGUGAAUACGUAGAGGACGAAGAAUCCACAGCCGAUUCCUCCACUUACAUUGCUAACGAUGAGAGUGAGAUGUCAAAAAAGGGCCCCGAAAAAUUAGUAGCUGAGGUUAAGCCCGAUAAGAGGAAAGAUCAAAAAUACGUGCAUCAAAUACUCAAUUCCCGUGAUAUGAAAACUGUGGACUGAUUAAUUUUACAAAACAUUUUGUUUUUUUAAUAUAUUGAUUUUUUUAUAUAAAAAAAAUGAGAGAAUCACGGUUUAUCAA